GUAGAGCAGUGUCAGGUCAGAAGUGUUAUGUGAUUAAAAGUUUCCAUAAUUUAAGUGUUCUUGCAUAGCCCAAUAAAAAAAGUUGCAUUUUCCAUUAAAAAACCAGUCAUGUUUCGUCGCAGUUUGUUCGCCUUUAUUCGUCAGUCUGAAACAGCUAAAUCCGUCGUCGCCGUUCGUAAUCUAUACUCGGCGUCCGUGCUAGGCUUAGAUGGAUACGAAAAUUACCGGCAAAAAACCAGUACACAGCAUUUGCACAAUAUCGACAACUUCAAAAGAAAAAUGCGUGAAUUUGUUGCCGGUUCUAAUACAAACAUGAUUUUCACGGAAGAUCUUAAGAACGUGAUUCAUCUGGUGGAAAACACUCCAGAAGAUAAACAACUAUUGCUGGACAUGAUUGAAAAGUACAAUUCUCAAUCACAAGAGUUGCGUUUUGGAAACUAUGUAUUUGGCCCGGUCGUGAUGCGAGCACUUCACCAUCUCAAAGAUCCUCAGCUGGCACUGGAGUUAUUCAAGAACGAAAAAUAUAGCGGCUUUUUCGAUCAACUGACCUCAUACCAGAUUUUGGGUGAUUUGCUGUAUGAAAAUGGUCUCUAUCCACAGGUUAGGGAAGUGUUCGAUAUCGUAAAACAGCGGCAGAUACAGGGGAGUCAUUACCCAAAGCACUCGGUAACUUUGACUCUUGCCGCCUGUUAUCGGGAGAAUAGCAAGGAAUCCUAUCAGUAUGCCAUGAAUUUGUGGAAAGAACUGAAUGCGGUCGGCCACUUGCCAAUGAGAAAAGCCACGGCCUUUGCGGCUGCCCUGGCUUUAAAGCAUGGUGAACCAGGGAUUGCAUUGGAAAUAGCCACAAGUUUUAUGAAAGGAAAUUAUGUGACUAUUAGACAGAUAAAGCUUCUAGCUCUGGUUAAACUGGGCCGGUUCGAUGACCUAGUUCCUAUUCUCCGCUCCAUCUUAGAAGUGGGAGGACCAGUUGACAACAAACAGACCUUCUGCCAGGAGGUCAUACAGCAAAUUAAGGAUGCGAUCGGUGCUGCCUCCGAAGAAGCUUCACAGGAUUUGCAACGGAUUUUGAGUUACCUGGAGACAAAUGGUCACAUUACUGAGAAAACGAUGGAAGAGUUACUGUGUCAGGAAAUUGUAUCAACCGCACAGAAAAGAGAUAACUAUAGCAACCUUGCUGAAAGCUACCGAAGUCGCGGGGGUUCCCAGCAACGUAGAAGUUUUGCCCCAAGUAGUGCGCAGAAGAGCAGGUUUUAUCGUCCAGGUUUGGCCGAUUUGAACUGAAUGUGAAUGUUAGAACAUAGAGUAUAAACAUUUGAUUAAUAAAUUCGUGGUUCAAUUUUUUUUUCAAAUGCUAAU